AUGCGGAGCUGUAUGAGCCUGCGGGUGUUCCCUGCCCUCUGUGAGCGCCUAGGCGUUCCCCUGGCCACCCACAAGACUGAGGGCCCCUGCCCCUGCCUCACCUUCCUUGGAUUUGAAAUCGACGCCCAACGUAUGGAGACAAGGCUGCCAGACGACGAGAGGAUGAAGUACAUGGCUGCAGUGGAAGAUGCUCUGGGGGCCGAGUGUACUGCCGCCCUCGUUCCUGCGAGACGCAGGACUCGCCGAGAAGCCAACCACAGUCCCGCAGCACCUUCUGCCCUGCAACUUCACCCUGAAACUGUAAGGACGCUGCUCGACUCCCUGCAGCCCGCGACACGGCGCACGUAUCAACAUAAGUGGGCGGAGUACGUGGCGUGCGUAUCGAACGACAGGAGACGGGAGUGUCCCUUCGAGGCCUCGUCCUCGACACUGGCGAACUUCCUGCAGUUGCUGCUGUCUUGGGGCUUGGCUUUGCGCUCUCUCAGCGCUUACCUCGCGGCGAUCGCCUUCAUGUUCAAGCUGCAUGGUAGGGAGGAUCCUACUCGCCAGUUCCUAGUCACACAACUGCUUAAGGGAGCGCGCAACAAGGCCCAACGGCUCCCCGCACGACGAUUGCCCAUGACCAGACGACUACUGCAUCGACUACUGGGGGCCCUGCGAGGUGUCUGCUGCUCAACUUACGAGAAGACCUGCUACCGAGCGCUCUUCUCCCUCGCCUACGCCUGCCUCCGGCCAGGGGAGGUGACCUAUGCAGGGAAGGGGCAACACACGCUAUGCUUGGACCAGUUAACUUUAUCACGGACGGGGAUCGACAUCGCGUUUGCCUCCUACAAGCACAGUGCAGGUCGUACCCCCACUUUAAACCUGAGUGCAGACCCCUACAGCAAGUACUGCCCGGUCCGUGCCAUGGCGAACUGCAUAAGACGACGGGGCAUGGAACCAGGACCUAUAUUCCUAGACGAAACGAGCGCCCCAGUCACCAGACAAGAUUUCACAUGGGUGCUCCGUGCUGCCAUUCGAGCACUAGGACUGCCCCCAAACGAUUAUGCUCCGCACUCCUUCAGAAUCGGCAGGGCCACGCAGAUGUCCAAGGAUGGCCUGGCGCCGGCAGCAAUCAGAGCAGUCGGCAGGUGGAAAAGUGAUGCGUUCCACUCCUACGUCAGGCAAGACGUCAUUCCACUACCUAGAUAA